GUCGAGACAGUCGUCGGGCCAGUAUCACUAUCCAGGAAAAAAACUGUGUAAGUGUAACUUUGUAGGAAGAGCAGCAUCACAAAUUCGUUUUGCAUUACAGGGAAAACCUGUCAUGGGCAGCUAGUACGUGAAAGCACGUAUGAAAGUAGCCUAUGAUGCAGACCCAGCAUGACAAGUGUAAACAGUUUUGCAUUUUCUGCAUCACAGACUUACACUCACAUAGCUUUUUUCUUGCAUAGUCAGCCUUUUGUCCGACUCAGGAGACCACGGAGCAGUUGCCUCAUCAACCCCGACCUCGGCGACGGAAGGUUCGGCUUCCUCCUCGCAGUCAGUUACCGACGACCCGAACCGAAAAGUGAAGCGGCUCUCCGUGAUAGAGGCCAUGAGUACGAAGGACAAAGACACCGGCAAGUUAGUGUUUGA